AUGAAGUUCUUUAACUAUCUCACCGGGUUCGUCUCCCUGGCGAGCGCUGUCGCAGCUCUACCCUCUGGCCUCUCGUCCGCGGCCGCCGAUGCCUCUACUUCUGACUUGGCCAAACGCGAUGCAAUUGCUAUCCGCCAGGCGCUUGAAGCAGCCCAAGCCAAGGCAGUCGCGCUUGGGGACCUCUUUGAGGCCGCUACGGACACGAGCGACGUCCCGGGAAUUGAAGCCGCUGGUGACGAGCUAGUCGCCAGCAUCAACUCGGCCGAGGACGUCGCCGCGGCCAGCAACCCGCUGACCCUGAUCGAGGCACUCGGGUUCGUCAACACCGUCACCAGCCUGCAGAACACCAUCGACGACCUCACUACCGUGGUCAAGGAGAAGAAGCCGUUCGUUGUGCAGGUUGGCUACGUCGACGAGCUGCUCACGUAUCUGGGAGAGCUCCAGACCGCCACCAACGCCUUUGGUACCACCAUCCUGACCAAGGUCCCGGCUGCUGCGAGGAGCAUUGCCCAGGGGUACAUUGAUGAUCUGAAUGCUUCGGUUGCCGACGUUAUUACAUUUUACACGUCGUAA